CGGCCCUUGCCCGGCCGGGGCGGGGGGGUCUCUGCGCGCUGCCGGCGGGGGCUGAGGCAGGAGAACCCUGCGGUGUCCCGGCCGGCGCCCGGGGGAGGGAGGCACGGCACGGCCCUCGCCGCUUCGCAACUGCCGGCUCCUGCCCCGAACUUCAUCCCCCCCACCCCAGCCGUGUUUCCCGGGCUCUGGCAGGGAGCUGGCACUCUUGCCAUGCCGCUCUGCGGAGUGUCGCGUCCCUUUAAAUCCGCCUGGCUGACAAUGCACCCGCGAUCCUUCUGGAAGAGCGCCGUGGAUCUUUCUUUCCUCGUCCAGUCACCAUGGUUGCAUCGCAAGUGCUCGAUUCCACUUGACUAACUACAGAUAUUUGGCGGUCGUCUUAAAGAAUGGAGGUUUCCUUGUCACCGUAGUUCAGUUAUGGGAUGCUUUAAUUGUAGGAAAAUUAUUCGGUUCUUAGCAUAGCUUUCACCUGUGGAAGUCACUGCCCUCCAAAAUGUUUUCUGUUCUUUAUAAAUGUACAUACUGUACAGAAUAAAGGCACAGGAAGGGAAUCAUUGACGUGUUUCACUUUACCCAUUAGAGCAGGGUUGAGUUUGAGAGAGACUGUAGUUGUACAAGAGACUCGUGGACUGCUAUCGCAAAUGAUAAUGUGGGGACUCUGGGAUAAGGCAUAAUGAUUUCAAUUUAGCCAAGACAUUAAAUAGGAUUCUUUACUAAUUUUCUUAUUGUAGCUUGGUAUGUGCCAUGUCUAGCUUCACUUGAGACCCUCCAAGAAUUAUGUAGGAAGGAAAAUCUCAGCUGUAAAUCCAUUGGAAUCACCAACAGGAAUCUAAAGAGUUAUGAGGUGGAAUAUUUGUGUGACUACAAGGUAGACGAGGUAACAGUCUAUAUUUCUUCUAGACUGUUGUAGUCUGACAAGUUAGGGCCAUGUGGUGCAACUGGAUUCCUAACAGCUUGAUCGUGCCAGUGAAAUUCGGUCUCAGGAUUUGGCCUUUUUACAGUUAUUUGGCCUUUUUAAAAUAAGCACAAAAUGUAUGCUUCUCGAUUAUAAAUACAAUAUUAUGUAUUUUGAAUGGAAUACUCUCUUGGGACGAUGGUUGAUACGACAAAUAGGUACAGAAUACUAUCUUGUGAAAUGGAAAGGAUGGCCAGAAUCUUCAAAUACUUGGGAGCCUCAGAAAAAUCUGAAAUGCCCAUUGCUUCUUCAAAACUUUCUUAGUGACAAGAAUGAAUAUUUGUCUCGGAUGAGAGAAGGCAAAGCACUGAAAGUGAGAAACCAUGUUAAAGCUUUGAAACCUGCGGUUGCAGAUUACAUUGUAAAGAAGGCUAAGCAAAGAAUAGCUCUGCAGAGAUGGAAAGAAGAACUCAACAGGAAAAAGAAUCAUAAAGCAAUGAUUCUGGUAGAAAACACUGUGGAUCUUGAAGGCCCUCCUUUAGACUUCUACUACAUUAAUGAGUAUAAACCUGCUCCGGGAAUAAACGUAAUAAAUGGAAUAACGACUGGCUGUGAAUGCACUGACUGUCCUGCUGAGAAGUGCUGUCCAAAGGAGGCUGGAUUUAUUUUGGCUUACAAUAAACGAAAGAAGUUGAAAAUCCAGCCUGGCUUGCCCAUCUAUGAAUGCAAUUCAUUUUGUAGGUGUGGGCCUGACUGCCCUAAUAGGAUAGUACAGAAAGGUACGCCGUAUUCUCUUUGCAUCUUCAGAACUAACAAUGGCCGUGGUUGGGGAGUAAAAACCCUCCAGAAAAUUAAAACCAACAGUUUUGUGAUGGAGUAUGUUGGAGAGGUGAUUACAAGUGAGGAAGCAGAGAGACGAGGCCAGCUCUAUGACAACCAGGGAAAUACAUACUUGUUUGAUUUGGACUAUGACUCAGAUGAAUUUACAGUAGAUGCAGCUCGAUAUGGAAAUGUGUCCCACUUUGUGAAUCACAGUUGUGAUCCAAACCUUCAGGUCUUCAAUGUGUUUAUUGAUAACCUCGACUUGCGUCUUCCUCGAAUAGCGCUGUUUUCUACACGAACCAUCAAGGCCGGAGAAGAGCUAACCUUUGACUAUCAGAUGAAAGGUCUGCAGAAUUUUGCACUGUUCUUGUGGGAGGUUUGGGGCAGUGGCGGAUCCUGUUGCAGUCUGACUGAUGAUAGCAUCUUAGGUCGGGCACCGCAUCUCCCUAACACAGCUCUGUGGAUUCUAGAACAGACGGCACUCACUGACAUGUAGCGCAGAUAGAGCGCACCCAGAAACUUUUGCAUGCACCUCUCAUGCGUUACCUCCUUCAGUGCCCCUACGCACAGCUAGGGGUUGUGGUUGGAAUGUCUGGCAAGGCAAAUUAUUUUGAAGAUUUGUCACAAGAAUGGUCAAAAGCUUUCCUUUUUCAAAUUGGCAUUCCAGGUAAACUACUUUCAAAGUUACCUACUAGUGAUAGUUGUAAAGACAGUUGUAGCAGCUGAGUGGUCUAAGGCACUGUAGGUUUGUCUUUGGAUUCUGAUGUCUGUAGGCCUCAGUUGUGGAUGUAGAUGCAUAGGACAGAAGAAGGCCAGUCCAGAGUUUUUACAGUGAGACCAUUAUUGACUGGAACAAGCUCUCCAGGGACGUGAUGGAGUCCUCAUCACUGGAGGUUUUCAAGAUGUAGUUGGAGGAGAGGCUGGAUAAUCUCAUCUAAGCUCACUUUCCCACGAAAGGUUGUACCAGGUGAUCCUUUGAGAUACCUUCCAACUUGGGCUGUUCCAUGAUUCUUUGAUAAUUGAUCUUCCUUUCAGUGUUCAAGAUCAGCUUGAAUGGGGCUUUGAGCAACUUGAUCUAGUGAAAGAUGUCCCUGCCCAUGGAAGGGAAGUUGGGCAGGUCUUUAAAAGUCCCUUCCAACCCAAACCAUUCUAUGACUACUUUGUUUGUUGGUUUUUUUUCCCGGUACAAUAGAAAAUUCUUGAGGUUUGCUGACAGGGGUGUUGCGUGUGUCAAACUGUGUGUGCAAACCAUUUAUCCACAACAGCGAUGUAUUGUUUGCUGCACUAUUUAGUUUUCAAAGAAGCAUCUCUACACUCCAGAACCGUACCUCAUUCUUGUAGAAGCUCCCUUUUAGCACUGACAAAUUGAUCUUAUUAAAAUCCUUAAAACUCCUCUUCUUUUGUAGUGUCUGUGACACUAAUGGUCAGGCAGGCUGCAGUCUCAGCUGACCGGUGGAUGCAGACCUGUGGGUACAAGGCUGAGUUUGUUGAGCUUUGGAUUCUGUAUGUCUGCUAGGUGUUGUGUAAGUAGUUGUAAUGUGGGUGUCAGUAAAUUUCAGUAUAGCUUCACAUACAAUUCUUUUAAGAACUGGGGUGUUAGAAGGCUUUUUGAAACCAUUUGAAUACCUAGCACAGUUUCAGUCUGUCUUUUAAAACUUCCUUAUCUGUGUUUAUCUGUGUCACAGGUUCCAUAGAUCUGACUGCAGACUCUGCUGAUGGUCUCAGCCCUUCCAAAAAGAGGAUCAGAACUGUCUGUAAAUGUGGAGCUGUGUGUUGCAGAGGUUAUCUCAACUGAGUUCGGGUAUCCAAAGUCACAAAUACUUUGUUCUCUUUUAAAUGUGUUUUAAGAAGACUCUUCUUUCACACAUCUAUUCAAGUAUUCUUACAUCUAAUGUAAAUAAGUACAGUGCAAACAAGGCAUUACAUUUGUAAUUGAAAUGGCUUUGCCAAAGAAAGAGAUGUAGUGUUUCAGGCAAAUACAGAACUGAUAAUGGGGAUUAAAAAUCAAUUUUUCUAGAACUGUUAUUUAGGAAGCAGUAAAAUGUACGCUAAGAAAACUCUUUAAAAUGUACCUUGAUUUGAAUAUUCGAGUGUGAGCUUGCAGCCAUAGGCCUUUUAGGAACUGAUUUCAGUGGGAUGAAGGAACGUUACAGAUUUUCUACUCCUUGAAAAGUCUGGAGGCUUUUGAUUUGAAUCCUAAAUCAUAGCUGACAGUUCUUUUGCCUUUUUUGCUGUAUAAAGAAAAGCAUCAAAAGAUUAGCAAUAACAUUUAUGGCACCGGCGUGAAGGAUUAAGGACAGCCAUCGGACUCUGUCUAAAUGAAGGCUCAUAGGAACGCAGAUUGUAAAAUGUCCACUGAACUCCACGCAAGUAAAGCAAUUGGUUUUAGCAGAUUCUAGAUGUAAGAUCAAGGUCUCAAAUGUUUUUUAGCUGAUGUUAUGUUAUUUAGAAGUUUUACAUAGAUAAGUUUGUUGUUGUUUUUUUUUUUUUCAAUUGUUCUGAUUUGUAGUUAGGAUGCUAUAGGAGGUCUGCAGUUCUACAGAGAAUUUGUAAAUAAUCAGAUUAUUGGUAGUAACAUACGCUGUUUGUUUUCAUUGCAGAAAUUUGGCAGUCAUUGCUGAAACAAAUUACUGGCUACAGUUUGGAAAUAGAUAACAAAAGAAUAGGGAGAGCAGCCCAUUGUCUAACAGAGCUGAUGCAUUAUGGACAUACUCUGUUAUCUGUAUCAGUUAUCUCUUAGGUGCAAAAAUACUGGGGGAAUUGAUUUGUAUUCAACUGGUUUUGAUUAAGUUUUUACAUACUGUGACUUUUUUUAUCUAGUGACAGACUCUUAAGAUACUAGGCCUGUUUUUUCUUGUUGCAAAAAUGUUAACUUCAGUGAAGUUAGACUAGGGGUGAAUUUACCCAUUUGCUGUAGACAUUUGUAAGAUGUUCUUGAAUGUAAAGGCUGAGAAAUGUACUGUUCUUCAGCUGCUUGAGUUGUCUUUUUUUAUUUCUUUUUUCCUGAUCAUCUUAAAGUUGUCUCGAUCUAUUCGUAAUGUAUGCUAAGUUUUGCUUGGCUUCAGAAACACUGAAGAGCAGUUGAGGUAGGUUAUGAGUGGAGUUACAGCCAAGGUCCAUGCUCCAGGGAUGAUUUAAGUGCUUUAUUCUCAUGGAUUAAAAGCUUGUAAAACUUGCAUAUUGCUUUACAAAUCAUGUAAAUGUUGAUAGGGUCAGGCAGAAUAAUGUUGCUCCAUAAAUGGAUGCUUCAUAAAUGGAUGCUAUGUAUCAUAGGUCAGCUAGUUACCUUUAUAAGGUGCACAGCUGUUGGCUCAGGUGAAUGAAGUCGAGUACCCAGCAUAUAACCGUUUACUUCAUUUGUUAGAAAAUGCCUUAAAUUUCAUGUGGAUUACUUGCACUCCAAAAAGAGUGUUUCAAAGGAUAAUACAGGUUGUUUUUUCAUUAAGAAGCACAGUUGCAUUUGCACUGAAGAUCCGGCCCUUCGGCAGAAAGUGACAUUUUAUAUGCUACUGGCCAAAAUCAGUUUCAUGGUUGGGGUGAAGAGUGUGGGCCAUUGAAAGUGCUGUGUAAGUUUUGUAAUCUGCAAUACAAAGAGAUACACGUUGAAAUAGAGAGUUUGCUUAGAUUAAAAAGUAUUUGUCAUUACCAGGCUCACCUGUAUCCACACACUUGGAUAAAUGCUGAAUCUAGUCAAUUUUUAUUACACCACAUCUCUAAUGAUUCUUUUUUUAAUAUAUAUAAAGUUGAAGUGGAAUGUGGAGCUUUAAUGUUAGCAAACUCUAGAUGAUGUUCCAUCAUUUGGAGUCAUUAGUGCUUUCUCUUGCAUGUAGCCCGAUUCAGCGAUGCAUUCCACGUGGAUGGAAUCUGCAAUCUCCAGCUCCUUAAUCCGCUGCUGUCUGCAGCCUUCCCUGUCGGUACAGGGUGGCGAGAGCAGCUUCAGCAAGAAAUGGAUUCCUUACCAAAUCAGUUUCUCUGGCCUCUCCUGUACAAGAUGAUGCAGGGCUGGUUCGACACUUUUUGUCUAUUUAUGUCUAUGCCCACUUUGAUUUAAAAAGGGCAAGUAAAUGCAUUUGAAAAGAUAAAAGUCUUGUUCAGUGUCUGCCUUUUUCCCAAGGCAGUAUUUGUUACCAACAGCAUUGGAAUAACACUGCUGUUCUUUAAGGUUGUGUGUGUUACCUCUUGUGUGAUAAAUAAAGGACCGUUAAUUUAUGUUCUGGGAGGUAACAGUAUUUUGUAUUCAUUUGAAGUAAACGCAUGUUUCCAGUUCAGAGCCUUGAACAGUAUUUAAUAUUCACCUAUUCACAGUGCAUUUGGAUUGCAGUUGGUGAAUUAGCUUAAUGGGGCACUGUGUCACUUUUAAAACUCCUUUUGCUGUUUUUAUGAGUUUGGAGGAAAAUUGCCAAAUUGGAAAAGGAGAAAAAGCUAUUUUCAAUUUCUUAAGGAGCCUAAACCAGCCCAGCUUCUGCCUUUGUUUUGCUUUGUCGUCUGUUAGCGUCAUCACAUCCACUGGUUCAGUUGUGUAUACGCACUUCUUAGAGACUGGUAACCUGUGAUCUAUCCUCUAGCUGUUCUUUUUUUGUUGGGUUUAACUUGUUGGGGUUUUUUUGGUAGCAAAACUAAAGCUGCAAGAUCACCUGUAAGAAAAGCUAUUGUCUAUUUAAUCUCCAAGUCAAUCUUUUGGUUAUUUCUAAUGUAUGUUUUAGGACUGUAUACAUUAGAAUAUGCAGUUUGUAAGCUCAGGAACAUUUUCUUUUCAUGAUGUGUGAUCUCAAGUAUUGCUAUCUUCCUAUAGUUUUUGAUAAAAUAAAUUAAAUUUAGUUUU